GCAUUCGCGGCGUGUGAGAGCCCGUGCCACGUACAGGCUGCGUGCUGUGUCCGUCAUAUCAGGGCGGAGACCCGGUGCCGCAUUGGCCCAGGCUGUUGGGUGACGCUGCAGUGGCAGACAGCAGGCGGGGAGCAGUAUUUGCGGUGAGAGUCUUUCCUUCAUUGUCCUCCUCCGGCCUCGCUGUGCGGCCUCUGUAGCGCUGUGGGGGGCGCGUGUCUAUUUCAUCAGUGCAGCGUGAGCAGCAGCUCCCAGCUGCCUAAACCAUCACGGAAACGACAAUGAAUGGACAACUGGACUUGAGCGGCAAGCUGAUCAUUAAAGCUCAGCUGGGAGAAGACAUCCGCAGAAUUCCCAUUCACAAUGAGGACAUCACCUAUGAUGAGUUGGUUCUGAUGAUGCAGAGGGUCUUUCGAGGAAAGCUCUUGACUAAUGACGAAGUGACCAUUAAGUAUAAAGAUGAAGAUGGAGACCUCAUAACUAUCUUUGACAGCUCUGACCUAUCAUUCGCUAUACAGUGUAGUAGGAUAUUGAAACUGACUCUAUUUGUUAAUGGACAGCCACGUCCUCUCGAAUCCAGUCAAGUAAAGUAUCUACGCCGAGAGCUGAUAGAACUGCGUAACAAAGUCAACCGUCUGCUGGACUGUUUAGAGCCCCCGGUGGAACCUGGGAUUCCGAGCAGCCUGCAGGACACUGAAUCUGUGGAUGGUCGAGAAGAGAAACAGACUGCUCCAGACUCCUCUGUUAAGCCGUCUACUCAAGUUAUGGCUGCCAGCAUGUCUGCUUUUGAUCCCCUCAAGAAUCCAGAUGAAAUCAAUAAAAAUGUCAUGUCUGCUUUUGGACUAACAGAGGACCAAGUUACUGGGCCUCCCAGUGCUCCUUUAGAGGAACGUUCAAGCACACCUGAUAGUAUUGCCUCCUCCUCCUCUGCUCAUCCUCCAGGGGGCCAGCAACAGCCAUACCCAGGAGCUCAGCAGCCAGGUCAGAUUGAAGGACAAAUGUAUCAACAGUAUCCACAACAGCCUGGAUAUCCAUCAGUUCAAGGUCAACCCCAGCCUCAGUCUCAGCCCCAGCAGCAGUAUGGCAUGCAGUAUCCUGGUUACAAUCAGCAAGCACCCCAAGCAGCAGCAGCAGCAGCGCAGCAGUUUCCAGGCUAUAAUCAGCAGGCUGCACAGGCUCCUGCCUCUGGAUUUCAAGGCCAACCACAGCAACUACCUUCACAAACUUCUCAACAGUACCCGUCUGGUUCCUACCCACCACAGACUUACACUACACAAGCCUCCCAGCCUGCCGGUUAUAACGUCCCACCUGCUUCCCAACCUGGAAUGGCACAAAGCCAGCCAGGGAACUAUCAGCCUAGGCCUGGAUAUACCCCACCACCUGGUAGCACUGUAACCCCCCCUCCAAGUGGGCCUAACCCAUAUGCUCGUAAUCGUCAUCCAUUUGGUCAGGGGUAUGCCCAACCAGGACCUGGGUACCGAUAAGUCCCAAUAUCCUUUCCGAGACAAAGGCUGCUAGAUAUGUUUCCUUCCCAACAGGCUCCAAUAUUAUGCUUACAACUAAUGAUACUUCAGGCAGCAGAUGAAGAGCAGUCUUUUGCUUUUUAAUGUUGUAUAACUGGAGGAAGAGACCAAAUGAUUCUUGCUUUUGAUUGUAUCUGCUCUCUAGCUAAAAUUUUAAGUCCAAAAACCAAUGAAAUGUUUGACGCACUAGCCAGCCUUGUCGGACAAGUUACCAGAAAGCUAAUUGCAGCCCCACUUAUUUGGCUUGUUUUUAAUGAUCUGAUGUGUUCAAUUAGAUCUGUUCUGAAGUAUAAAGUAGGUAUUAUGUACAAAUUCUAACAGUCACUUUGAAACCUAAUAAAAUAUUAAAAUUCAGUAAA